AUGAUCUGGGAGGAGAACAGAGUAAUGCAGAGCUAUGGGUCACUGCUCUUAGUGAUUUUACUUCUGCCAUGUGGAUUAAUGAAUGUCAUCCUAACCGUGAAUAACAAUACUCAAAACUUUGUCCUGCAAACCACGCCCGGCACUUCGGAGUCUCUGAAAUGUGCCGUUCAGAAUCACAGCCAAGCUGAAGAGUUACUCUGGUACCGGAAAAAUGGGAGGGUGGACCUGAAAGCUGAAAACAAAAUCAACUCCAGUGACAUCUGCAUCUAUCCCAUCAGAGCGGAUGACAAUGGAAUCACCUUCACCUGCAAGUUGCAACGGAAUGAAUCCAUGAGCAUUUCAGUGAUUUUGGAUGUCACUUAUGAACCUAUUCUGGGCGGGACAGACCUCCAAACAGCCGAGGAAGGAAGCAGUAUAAAAUUAGACUGUAAUGUGAAGGCCAACCCCCAGGCUCAAAUGAUGUGGUACAAAAAUGACAGUGUCCUGAAUCUGGAGAAAAACCAUCACCAAAUAUAUCAGACGAGUGAGCUGUUCCAGCUGUCCAUCUCCAAAGUCCUGAAAUCCGACAACGGGACAUACAGUUGCCAUGCAAAGUCGCCUCUGAAAUUGGAGAUCAAGGAUUUCCACCUGAUCAUUGAAGAUAAAAAAAUCGUUAUUCCCAACGAACCUAUUAUCGCUGCAGCUGUGGUGGUUACCUGCACCAUAUUGUUUGGACUGAUUGCAAGAAGAGAACAGAUAAUAAAGCUCUGCAUUAAAGACAAGAAAGCUCAAAGUGAUACAUCUCUGUAA